AUGGACCACAACUAUGCGGAGAUUGAUGUGAUCAACGACUCGGAUUUCACCUAUCUGACCAACCUCAACCAUUAUUACCAACAGCAGCGGCUGCAAAGCCUCCGACAGAGCUUAAAUCGCAACCACAUCUACUGCAAUCUUCCUGUUCAACAGCAGGAGGAGAAGGAAAGGGAGCAACCUCCUCCACAGACCAGAUCCACCUCCACAUCCACAAGUCCUUGGCAUGAGCCCAAGUCCAAGUCAAAGCUGCUGGUGCUAAAGAAGCCAAAGAAGUGGAAACUCAAGCGGACUUUGGAUGACUUUGUCAAGUGUCUGAUUAUAGCCUCCUCAUCGGCGGAGCAUGUGUACGAUUACGAUGUGCUGUGGUAGUAGGAGCAGGAGGAUUGG